AUGGAACCUAAAAACAAUAAAACACUGCUUGUAUUCCUACUCUGGUGCAUCACUCUCUUCAACUAUGCACGAGCCUUUUGUGUGCCGUGCAAUCAAAGUCACCCAAAACUGCCUUCAUUUCAUUCCUUCCCCCCUAAAUUACAGCCACCACCCUCUCAUCCGCCACAGGAAACACCUGAUUCAUCUCCAGAGUCUUUGUCUCUAAAGUCAAAACUUCCAACAAUUAAAAUUUCGCUACCAACAGUUUCCUUGAAUGUUGGGAAGGGCGUACAAACAGUAUCUGACCCUCGGAUCAAAAGCGUAUGUGACAAAACUGAUCAGCCUGCUCUUUGCUUAGCCUGCAUUGCACCUUUCUUCAAUGGCAAAUCAGACCUCCUAUCCGUAAUUGAAAUGUUGAUUAAGGCUGGCACCAAGCAAACAAAAAGGGCUAUUGCCACUGCUGCAAAAAUGGCUAAAUACCCCAAAUCCAAUCCGAAGACAGUGUCGAGACUUAACGACUGCAUGGAAAGUUAUGAUGAUGCCUUGGGCAAUAUGCAAGAAGCCAUCGAUGCAAUUCCAGUUAAAGAUGUUGGUACCAUUUCUACCAUGGUUAGCGCCGCCAUUUCAGAUUAUGGAACAUGUGAUGAUGGUUUUACAGGGCAGCCUAAUCCGAUUCCUGAGGGAGUUUCUCCAAUGACUAAAAUUAAUAAGAAUCUUAUUAAUAUCGCUGGCAUUAUCCUUGCUGUUGCUAACAUGAUUCCCUGA